GGUCACCUUGGAGCAGGUGUGGCAGCGGCAUCGACGGGGCAGCCAGAGAAGGUUGUCAGGAUGGCGAAUUUCAAGGGUCACGCACUUCCAGGCAGCUUCUUCCUGCUCUUUGGGCUCUGGUGGUCUGUGAAAUACCCUCUGCAGUACCUCAGCCAGAAAGCGAAUAAGAAAUCCCACAGGAGUUACAGUUUCCAGCGUGUGGAUGCCAUGGAAGGGGGAAUGAAAAUUGUCUUUGCUCUCAUAGGGAUGCUGGCGGAGCAGUUCGUGCCGGACGGGCCACACCUGUACCUGUACAGCGGGGCCAGCCGGGACUGGGUGAAGCUGAUGAACUGGCAGCACACCACCAUGUACCUGUUCUACGGCCUCUCCGGGCUGGUGGAUGUCCUCACCUACAUCUCCCAGGCGGUGCCACGGGGCCUGGAUCGCCUCAUGUUGUCCACAGCUGUGUUUGUUGAAGGUUUUCUCUUCUAUUACCACGUCCUCCACCGGCCCAUGUUGGAUCAGCACAUCCACUCCCUGCUGCUCAUCACCAUCUUUGCUGGGGCUGGCAGCAUCCUGCUGGAGGUUUUCCUCAGGGACAACAUUGUCCUGGAGAUGUUCAGAGCUGGCGUCACCAUCGUCCAGGGAACGUGGUUCUGGCAGAUCGGAGUCGUGCUCUUCCAGCCAUGGGGAGGUCCAAUGUGGGAUGAGGAGGACCAUGACAACAUCAUGUUCCUCACCAUGUGCUUCUUCUGGCACUGGGCAGCCGCUGUGGCAGUCCUGACUAUAAACUACACCCUCACUUACUGGUGCCUCCAGAGGUUCAGGAGAAGCAGUGGAGAGCCCUACAUCAGCCUGGGGGUCCGGCAGCAGAAGGGUGACCCCAGCUCCCAGGCCACCUUCCUGGAUGACUCUGAUGAAGAGUGAAGAGGCUGCAAACUUCUUCUCCAAAUACACAAACAAUCUGUUUUCUAGAAGAAAAAAAUCCUAAUGAAAUAUUUCUGUUUUGGAGGAGUGAGAGGAGCCACUGUUGUGCUGUGGAACAGCAGGUUGAGCCCGUGAGGGCAGGAGCCCUCCAUCCGUACCCAGAUAUUGCCAGCUCAGGGGCAAGCACCAUUUUAAGUGAUUUUCAACAACAAAAUGAAGCAUGAAAAUUCAACAUGAUGAGAUUGCUUCAUCCCAUGGGUUACCAGGUGUGUUUCCAUAGGGAUGGAGGGCAUCCUUUGGCCAGCUGACUUUUCCAAGAGUCUGGAGACUUUGACCUGUUGUGAUUGAAGUCAAGGAAACCUCCAGGCUGAGGUCAGGUACCUCUGGAACAAGGCACCACCCCGAAGAGGAUGAGAAAAAAAGUGUGGAAUGUGAUGUUAUGGCAAUUUUUGCACCAGCAGGGCUUGAUUAUACACAAUAUGAAUGUUAUCACUGCAGCUUUGAACUAAAGAGGGGUUUUGUUAAUCGUUUUCAUGUUCACUUAAAGGCUGAGAGAGUGAAUAAAUGGGAAAUAAAAAUCCUCACUGAGCUGAUAUCCUUAAAUUUAAGACUGAUAAAUUAUAGACUGUGUAAUAAUAGCUUAGACAAAUCUAUCCCUCAGACCUGCAAAGCCUGGAGGACUGUAACAUAUACGGUUAAGCAGCAGGGAGUCAUGAAACGUCCCAGUUUUCCACUGAAAAUAAACCCCCUCAGCUUGGAAAGGAGAUGAAACGGGCACAGGGUUUGUUUUUAGGCUGCCUUUGCCAGCUAAUUUCUUGCAAAAAGUGACUGGAAAUGUUACCUCCUAUUCAGGAGGAAAAUA